AUGCCAGCUUUUAACUAACCGUUACAUGCAAUCAUGUAUCCCCACUCCAAAAUGCAUAGAAGAUAAAACAUACCCUUUACCUUAACCACAUAGCUACUAUAUAUACAUACACUCUUUAAUCCAUAAAUAAAUAAAUAACAAAAACAUAUGUACAUUUUAUCAUGGCAAGCCUAAAAAUAUUUCUCACUUUAGCAAUUCUCUUAACCAUAGCUACAAAAACUUCCACGUGCACAUCAUCAUUAUCAUUAUCAUCAUCAUCAUCAUCAUCAAGCACACGUGUGAAAGGCAUAUACUGGAUAGAAAACCCUCUUUUCCCUCCUUCUUCAAUAAACACAUCACUCUUCACUCACAUCUUCUACGCUUUCAUCACACCCGACAACGUCACUUACAAACUACAGCCUUCCACUUCUCAAACGACGUCGUUCACAAUUUUCACCAACACUUUCAAAACCAAAACACCUCCUGCUACUACCCUCCUAUCAAUAGGGGGUGCAGGUAGCAAUUCCACAUUAUUCACUAUUAUAGCCUCCAAUGCAACCGCACGCGCCGCCUUCAUAAACUCCACGAUCGACGUCGCUCGAACGUUCGGUUUCGACGGAAUCGACUUCGAUUGGGAGUUUCCUAAAACAUCUAACGAAAUGAACAGCCUUGGAGAAUUAUUUCUCCAAUGGCGUAACGCCAUUGCAGCGGAAUCCUCCGUCACCGGAAAACCGCCGUUGCUUCUCACUGCCGCCGUUUACUUCGCCGCGAGUUUUUUUCUCUCCGGCGAACCGCGUACUUAUCCGGUUGAUUCAAUUAACAAGAACUUGGAUUGGAUCAAUGUAAUGAGUUACGAUCUUCACGUGUCGACAAGUAAUGAAACCGGGGCUCCAUCUGGAAUGUUCGACCCGAAAAGUAACGUGACUGUUUCGAGUGGGUUAAUUUCUUGGAUCCGGGUCGGGGUUUUACCCGAAAAGUUAGUUAUGGGAAUGCCGCUUUAUGGGAAGACGUGGCAGUUAGAAGAUCCGAAAGUAAAUGAAAUUGGGUCACCGAGUGUUGGGGCGGGUCCGGGUAUGGAUGGUUCAAUGGCGUAUUUUCAAGUAUUGGAGUUUAUUAAAUUAACGAGGGCGAAAGUUGUGUAUGACGUGGAUACGGUGUCGGUUUAUACAUAUAGUGGAAGUACUUGGAUUGGGUACGAUGAUCCAUUUACCGUGUCGAUUAAGAUUGGGUUUGCUCAAGCUUUUUCACUUCGUGGAUAUUUCUUUUGGGUUGCUGGUUUGGACACUUUUGAUUGGAAAAUUUCAACGCAAGCUUCGAAAGCCUGGCUGUGAAUGAGACUGGAGAAGUGAACAGAGACCUGACUUGCAUGUUUCCAUUAUUAAUCUUUUCAUCAUGUAGCUGAAUCUGGACUUUAUAUUCAAAGUCAACAAUUAAGUAACUGAAUAAACAAGGCACAAGUAAUAAAAAUUUGUACGUGCAAAGGCACAAAUAAAUGGCAGAAAACAUGAAUGGGAAAUUUACCACUUUUGGGUGGAUUUUUUUAUCUCGAAUUUACUAAAUUUAGGUAACUGAAUAAACAAAGCACAAGUAAAAUUUA